AUGUCUCAGAGAUUAGUAAUUCUCUACUUCCUGGCAUCACAGCUUAUUCUACCUUUUGCCAUCGCAAUUGGCAGCCCUCAUUCGCCAAAUUUGCCUUCUAACAUAGAAUGGGACCAGUUUGAGGAUAUCAUUGAACUUCCUACUCCUAAUAUUAUCUCUGAUCGACCAAACUCCCCUCUAAAGCCGCUAAAUCCGGAUUCUGAACCUGCAAAAAAGAAGAUAAAGACUUAUUCUCGUACCAAAGAAGCAAUUGAGAGAGCUACUAUAAAGGAGAGGAUGAAAAUGCAAUUGAAUUCUGAAUUUGCAGAAAGACGCAGGGCACAAAAGGCAAAAGCUGCAAGAUUAUUUCGAUUAAGAAGAAAAGAAACACUGACAAAAGAACAAAUGGAAGAAAAGAAGGAGAGAAGUAAUAAAGAAAGCCGUAAAAGAUACCAAUUGGUUAAAGCACGUUUUGGAGGAGCGUAUGGGAAUGCUAAAUCAAGAUUAGUGCAAGAAUCAAAUAAAAAAAUAAAGAUGGGGAUCGCAACAUUGGAAGAUUUGAACAGAGUAAAAGAGCAUCGAGAGAGAAUUAAUGCAGCAGUAAGAAAAUCUCGCAGUAAAAAGCAAAAGGCAGACAAGGAAAAUUGA